CAUCACCGGUUUCAGGAAGUGCUUAGGCUGCGAGGAGCGCCAAUGAGGUUACUACAAAAGUGUGUUCAGAUCCUUCUGCCUCCUCAGAGAACCGUCUUCUCCACAGAGAGUUUGUGUGGACUCUGCCAAGGUAGUGCCAGGCCCAGGCUGUCCAGCAAUAGCUUACUGCGGGCAUCAGUGGCAGGCAUGGCGUCUCUCCCCCAACAGAGAUACCAGUAUUUUUUAGUCUUGGAUUUCGAAGCUACGUGUGACACAAAACCCAUUCAGCCCCAAGAAAUUAUUGAAUUCCCAAUCUUAAAGCUGAAUGGACAAACUAUGGAGAUCGAAUCGAUAUUUCAUACCUACGUACAGCCAGUCUACAACCCUCAGCUCACACCCUUCUGUACACAGCUGACUGGAAUCAUUCAGUCCAUGGUUGAAGGGCAGCCCACGCUCCAGCAAGCCCUGCAGAUGGUGGCUGAAUGGAUGGAUAAGGAAAAUCUGCUGAAUCCAGAUGUCAGCUCAGUGUUUGUAACCUGUGGAGACUGGGAUCUCAAAACAAUGCUGCCAGGACAAUGCCAGCACUUAGGACUGCAGGCUCCUGAUUACUUCAAGCAGUGGAUUAAUCUCAAGAAGGCGUACAGCUUUGCGAUGGGGAGCUGGCCGAAGAGUGGGCUGCCUGCCAUGCAGGAGGGACUGAACCUGAAACAGGAGGGGAGGCUUCACAGUGGCAUCGACGAUUGCAGGAACAUCGCUAACAUCAUGAAGGAGAUGGCCCGACGAGGCUUUGUUUUCAAGCAGACUUCACCCAGGAUUGAGACCUAAAGGAAUCCGGACGGAGAAGAUCAGUCCAUUUGCAAUUAUUGUUAGAAUGAUGGUAAAAAAAAAAAAAAAAUGUGUUUCUUAUUUGUAUAAAAAAUUGAUGAAAACAAAGUAAAAUU